UAACAAUUUCCAAUUUAACGUAAUUUCUAUAUUAGCAAAUACGACUAAUUGGAGCGCUCUUCGAUUAUUUUUUACGAGACUGCAGCUGUUGAAAAGUCUAGCGUCCAAUGCAGAAUUUCUAACGAGGCGAUCAACAAAGGAUUAUCGGUCAAAUUCCGAAUAAUUGCCGCCACUGAAAUUGAUUAGAGUAAUUUCCCUUCAAUGAAUCAUUGAAUUGCAACCCCAUAAUCGUGGGGAAAAGACCAUGUUGCAGAAGGCUAUUCAUAACUACUCCCUCUGCAAUGAAGGUGAUGUAACUGAAUAGUAACCGCAAGCAGGACCCGCGGCUGGUAUCUGGAGAACACGCAGCGCUCGGUGGAGGGAGGGAGAGGGGGGGAUGCCAAGGCUGACUUGCUUUGUGACGGGUAUUGCUUUGUGACGGGAUUUGUGACGUUGAUUGGACCAGCGCUCUCCUACCCGAAAGGACAAUUGUCGUCUCUUUGGCAGGAGAGACGAACAGAAGCCGCUUGCUGAAAGAAGUACUGCUAAUCAUUUAUCAAGCACUGAAUACUUGCAGAAUUUUGAAAUGAAGGGAAAUGAAGAGGAAAAGUGCAACAAAGAAAAUACAGAAACUGAAUAUUCCUCUUUUAGGGUAUCUGAGUUAUUACUUGCCAUUGAACGGUUAACUACAGGACAAUCAAAGCCUGGUAGUGAACAGAAACAUGUGGGAAGAGUAGCAAAAGCAGAGAAGACUCUGUUACUCAAUUCGGAGAAACAAACUACCAAUCAGAGUCAGCUUGUCAAAGAUGAAAGAUCACUGGGAAACACAACUAUUAGAUCUGGCUCGUCCAAAAGAACUACAUUUAUAAAGUGCCCUCAACGAAGCACUUUUGAAUGCAACAUGAACGCACAUAAAAUGUACACAAAUCCUCAGGCUACACGAAGAUCAAAGCUGAUAUGUAAUUGGAUCGCAAAACCUAAUAUGGUUCAACGAGCUGAUAAGAUGACUAAACCACUAAAGAAAAUGCCUCUCAUGAAUCCAUUGGAUGAACAUUUACCCCAAUCUCUCAUAGCGCCUACACAAAAAAAGAAGAAAAAAAGUCUCACUCUUGACAAAAUACAGCCAGUGCAAAGCCCUUUUUUGAGUAUCAAAUUAGCUCCAUUUCGUCUACACAUUCAACGGUCAACGUUAGCAGGGGCUCUGCGCCAUGAACCCUUCAUCGAUCUAAAAGAUUUACAGUUGAAGAUGUACAAAAGAUCUACGAGCAAGCGAGUUCCUAAAGUAGUAACGGAAAUGCAAAAAUGUGUAGCACAACCCAUCCCAAUAGGAAGUCAAGAUAAAGGCGAACUUCCUAUUCCAUUGAUUUGUAAAGAUGUCGACAGUGGGUCCCGAAUACUCGUUGACAAGACACCGAACUACGGAGUACUUGGCAAAGAACUGCCGUCUUUGUUCUGAACACCGUGUAUAUCUCACACAUAAAACAAUGUAAAGUAUGUAAAUCUUACCAUAAAUGACAGAAAUAAAAAGUG